UCAUAUCCUCUGAGCGAUGGGAAUAGUUUAGGUUGUUUCAUUAUUAACAGUUACAGCAGGACUGGAGACAUCACUAUCUACUCUUUCUUAACCAUAUCUCCAGCAAUGGACAAAGUGGAAAAAGUUGUGAUACUACUGAUAUUAUUGCAGGGUUUCUGUAUUGCUCAAACUCAGGGUUUCAAUGUGGGAACGGCAGGGGCUAAGAUCUUCUCAGGUCUUGUGGUAGAAGAGUUUGGCUACACUGUACAACAGAUAAGCAAUGAUCAAGGAAAAUGGCUUCUGGUGGGUUCUCCCUGGAGUGGAUACCCUCAGAAUAGAAAAGGAGAUAUCUAUAAGUGUGACAUCAGUGCUUCCAGAACACUCCCUUGCCAGAAACUAAACCUUGCAGACUCUAUCAGCAUAGACGGUGUUCAGAGCAUCAGUGUCAACAUGAGUUUGGGCCUGACUCUCACUCCAAUGGCUAAACCUGACAUGUUGAUGACGUGUGGUCCUCUGUGGGCUCAGCGCUGUGGCAGUCAGUAUUUUUACCCUGGAGUCUGUGCUGAAGUGAGCCCACAGUUUACUCCCCAGUCAUCCUUCUCUCCUGCCAUUCAAACUUGUGGUGGGCCAAUAGAUGUUGCCAUUGUUUUGGAUGCAUCAAGCAGUAUAUAUCCAUGGCCUGAUGUUAUAAACUUUCUCAUUAAGCUUCUGGAAAAUCUCGAUAUCGGCCCAGAUAAAACUCGAGUCAGUAUAAUGCAGUAUUCAGAGGAAUUGACCUUUAAUUAUUAUUUUAGUUCUGACCAAAAUAGAGACAAAGUUCUUUCAGAAGCUUCUGGUAUUAAUCGAAUAGUUGGAUAUGAUACCAACACCUUUGAAGCACUUGACCAAGCCAGACAGACAGCUUUCCUUCCAGAAAAUGGUGGCCGUCCCGGUGCCACUAAGGUGUUGGUGGUGGUUACAGAUGGAGAAUCUGCUGAUGGUGAUAAAGGUCCAGAAGUCAUUGAGAGAUGCAACAAAGAUGGCAUCAUUCGCUUUGGCAUUGCUAUUCUAAAGGAAAGUGCCAAUAUUCAAAAAUUCAUCGAGGAGAUUGAGUUGAUCGCUAGCACUCCAACAGAGAACUACAUGUUCAAUGUGUCAUCAGAGCAAGCGCUGAUCUAUAUCGCAGGAACGCUGGGGGACAGGAUCUUUAACAUUGAAGGCACCAGUCAAGGUCAGGAAUUUCAACUGGAGAUGUCCCAAGUUGGAUUCAGUGCACAUCAGACUAAUAAGAAGGGUGUGAUCAUGCUGGGUGCUGUCGGAGCGUAUGGAUGGAGCGGGACCGUCGUCCAUCACACAGCUGGGAAAUCACACAUUUUACUCAAAAAUGCUUUCGAGAAAAUCCUGGAUGACAGAAACCACAGUUCUUUACUUGGAUACUCUGUGGCGUCUGUAUUUGACGGCUCGUCUGAGUUUUAUGUGGCCGGUGCUCCUCGUGCCGUUCACAGAGGACAGGUUGUAGUUUACAGUAUGAACAGCCAGAAUCAACCGGUCAUCAAAGAUUCACAGAGAGGAGAUCAGAUCGGCUCUUAUUUCGGCAGCGUUCUCUGUCCUGUCGAUGUGGACACUGACGGUGUGACGGAUCUGCUGCUGGUCGGAGCGCCGAUGUACAUGAGCGAGGAGAAAUCUGAAACAGGAAGAGUCUACCUCUACACCAUUACCACGGGCAUCUUGAGCAACCAGGGGAGGUUAGAGGGACCCUCCGCAUCGGACAAUGCUCGGUUUGGGACGGCCAUCACUGCUGUCCCCGAUCUAAACCUGGACGGCUUCAGCGACGUUGUGGUUGGUGCUCCGCUAGAAGGCAAUGGCCAAGGUGCCAUUUACAUCUUCUAUGGAGACAGAAAAACCAUCAGAAAACAGAGCUCACAGAAAAUACUUGGAUCUACACUGGGCCCAGCGUUUCGUUUCUUUGGACGCUCUUUAGAUAGUCGUGGUGAUAUGAACGGUGACUUGAUCCCUGAUGUUUCAGUCGGAGCGGCUGGGAACGCAGUGCAGCUCUGGUCAAGGACAGUUGCAGCUGUCACAGCAACGGUCUCCUUCAGCCCCGAGAAGAUCAGCAUUCUGAGUAAACCUUGCAUGUUUGGAGGAAGGAUGGUGUCAUGUGUUAGUGCCAAAGUCUGUUUCAGAUCAACGUUCAGACCCAUGGUCGCGGUUAAAAUAGAUAUCAAGUACAACCUGACUCUUGACGCUGGCCUGCAGUUAUCUAGAGACACAUCAAGAGCCCAGUUUGACAACUCAGAGCGUCUGAUCCAGAAAUCUCUCAGUGUCUCUGACAAAGAAAUCUGUGUUUAUCAUUAUGUGUAUGUGCAGGAGACCCCUGAUUUUCUCAGUCCAGUUGCUAUGCGAGUCGACAUCAGUCCACAGAAUCCAGAGAAAGGGCCUGUCCUGGAUGCAUUUCAGCCUAAAGCGUGGGAAUUUUUCAUCCCUUUUGUAAAGGACUGUGGCUCUGAUGACAAAUGCUCUUGUGACCUGAAGCUUACUGUGAAAGCUGUUAAUGUAUCUAGCUCAUCUUCACUUCUAGUCAGUCCUGACAGAAGAAGACUGUCCUUCAUCGUGACAGUAAGGAACAUGAAGGAAAAUGCGUACAACACAAGAGUGUCUGCGAACUUCUCCAGGAACCUGUUCUACGCCUCUUUCACACCACCUGCAGACAACACUGAGGUGAAAUGCAGUUCAAAAGCAGGCUCACUCGACUGCAGAGUUGGAUACCCGACCCUGACACCUGGCCAGAUGGUAACAUUUGAGAUCCACUAUGACUUCAACUUAAAUCACCUAGAGAAACAGGCUGUUGUGAACUUUGAAGUGCAAAGUGACAGCGAGGAGGAAGUGACAUCUGAUAACAAGGUCUCUCUCUUCAUCCCAGUCCAGUACAAUGCUGAAAUCAUCCUCACCAGAAACUUAAACUUGGAUUUUUGCGGGAUUGGUCCUGAGGAUCAAGUCAAACAUACUGUGUCAGGUUUCGAAGACAUCGGCCCAGAAUUCAACAUUGCAUUACGAGUUUCAACAGGAACUUUCCCAAUCAACCAGGCUCGUCUGACCGUCUUGCUGCCCACCAGCACCAAAGCUGCAAAUCCUUUAUUAUAUGUGACUUCAGUCCAAACGGCACCUGUUGUAAAUGUGCAGUGUGACAGCAGCCGUCUGAUCGACCCACUAAAGAUCAGAGAGAAAACACACACGGCCCGCUUCACUAAAGAGAGCUUCAGAGGGACAGCAGAACUGGAUUGUAAGGCGGCAAAAUGUGAAACCAUGACUUGUGUCCUCAAAGAUCUGGAGGUGAAGACCAGUUACUUCGUAAACAUCACCACUAGGAUCUGGAAUGGCACAUUUGCCUUUGCUGAUUUUCAGACAGUUUUAGUGGCUGGAAGCUCUGAGGUACACACAUCUCAGCCUGAUCUCAUAGUCAUCGCACACAAACAGCAACAGAUAAAAAUUACAGUGAGUAAAGAAGGAGCGACUGGAGAUAUUCCUAUUGGUAUAAUCAUAGGAAGUGUCAUUGGCGGCCUCCUCCUUUUGGCUCUAGUUACAGUGAUCCUAUGGAAGGUUGGCUUCUUCAAGAGGAUGGCUUUGCCACAGGGAAAUGAACCGGAUCCGGCAGAACAAGAGGGUCUGUGUGAGAAUCAAGCAUGAACGGGACAUAAAUGCUCAUCUCUGUGACUACAUGAGAAGAAUUUUACCUCGAAAUGUACAAAUUGAUAACUGAUAUUCAGUUUACUGCCAUUCGGGUCCUGCCAGGAGGUCUGGCUGGUAAUAUCUACUGUAUUUUAAAGUAUCUCACGACUCUCAUGCACUUGCUUGUUCGGUGCUCACUCUUGUUUAGGCCUCAAAAGAAUGAACGAAUGUGUUGGUACACGCAUGAGAGCCGGGAUGUGUCUCCUUAAAGCCAGAGGGCUUGGGGUGAAUGUCUGAAGUUUUUCCCUCUGUCCGUUCCUGCUUCCUUCUCGUUCUGACAUGCUUCAGUUUGUACUUGGUUCUCAGUUAAAUCAUGACAGAUAACUCUGUAAAAACAUAAUUUGAAGUGUGUCUUUUUCAUUAAUUUUCUGUUGUUGGGUGUUUCGGAGACCUUUAGCUCGCUCAUGCACAAACCUCCAGUACGAUGACACACACACACACACACACACACACACACACACACUGUGGUUAUAACUCCUCGAUGUGAAAUACUUAUUAAUGACUCUUACUGUUGUGAUUACUCAAGCCCCGGGGGAAGAUUAAAUUAUAUUCUUUUAACUUUG